GUAGCUGAGUGACACUUUGCCAAGGAACUUCAACAGAUUUGAAUCUUAACUUUGAACCGGACUAGACGUUUGAUGAGUCCAGCUGAAUUCGCACACAGGCAGACCUAUUCAGGUAUUUUACAACAAUCUGAGCUACUGGGAAUCAUCAUAAUCUUAUCAACCACCCACUCUUACUCCACCUUACUUCUCCCUACUGAAUAGUUUGGGAGCUGCACUGCUGUUUUCUGCUCUUUGUAAAUUUAGAGUUAAGUGCAAACCCUGGUGAGGAGCGCCACCACUCUUCAGUUGGGCUUCAGAGCUCAUGAUUUUAACACAAGCUCAAUGGCCACAGGAUUAUUUUAUUUUCUCAUUACAACAGUGAUUCUUGGCACCUUUUCCCAUUUUCUUUAAACUCUGUGGUGUGGUUGCUAAUGGGUGUCCUUGGGCAGCUUAGUUUUUUAGUAACUGAUCAUGACAGAAAUUACAAAUGUUAUUUAUUAGAUACAUAUACAUUUUUUUUGCUUUUGCUUUUAAAAUAAAUUAAUAAAGUUGAAUAUUGUGGCAACAUUAAAAUCAACAAGUGAAAUAAUGAAAAAACAAACUGAAAUGAGAGGGGAAGCUGAAGAAAAAGAGGCUUUGGACCUUCCUGAAAACAGUAAGCUCACACAAGUCGCAGAAGACAGUGAAGAUGACGAAGAGGAGAAAAGAGUCCGGACACCCCGCUAUCGCUGGGUUAUGCAUGCAGCAGUGAUGUUUGGACGUGAGUUUUGCUACGCCAUGGAAACCGCCCUGGUGACACCGGUGCUGCUGCAGAUAGGGCUUCCAGAGCAAUAUUACAGUUUAACUUGGUUUCUCAGUCCCAUCCUGGGUCUCAUCUUCACACCACUGAUUGGCUCGGCCAGUGACCGCUGUACUCUGCGAUGGGGCAGGAGACGACCAUUCAUUCUGGCUCUGUGCAUUGGUGUGCUCUUCGGACUGGCGCUGUUUUUAAAUGGAUCCUUGAUAGGGCUUUCCAUCGGCGACAGCCCAAACAGCCAGCCAGUUGGCAUCGUUCUCACUGUUUUGGGUGUGAUAGUGCUGGACUUCAGCGCUGACGCCUCCGAGGGGCCAAUCAUAUCUUACCUUCUUGAUGUUGCUGAUACAGAAGAGCAGGACAUGGCCCUGAAUAUCCAUGGCCUUUCUGCUGGGCUUGGAGGAGCGUUGGGUUACAUGUUGGGAGGCCUUGACUGGACUGACACCGCCCUGGGCAGAGCGUUCAAAUCACAAGAACAGGUCCUCUUCCUGUUUGCGGGAGUUGUUUUCAUUAUUUCUGUCACACUGCACAUGCUCAGCAUCCCCGAGAGACAUUGUGCUUCAUCCAACAGGCUUAAAGAUACAGAAGACGAAGAGUCGUCCAGUCAGUCAUCUUCAAGGCAUGUUGGGAACACCACACCCGUUCUAGACAUAAUUGCAGAGGAGGAUGCUUAUGUCUCAUCUCGAGAUGACAAAGAAGCCCAUCUCGAGGACAGAGAACUGGAUUUUCUUGCUGUGGAGAAAGUACGAAGUAAAAGUGAUUCAGUUUUAGCCAUGCCAGAUGCUACAAUAGACUUGGACCCCGACCUUGACUUGGACAGACCAGUUUUUUUGCCAGCUGAACACUUUUUACCAGAGACUCAUGAAGAUCUAGAGAAUGCAUUUAGGCCAUCAGACCACAGUGUUGGGUCCUCGUCUCCUGCAGGUGAUUUGCCCUCAGUUAGCAAUGAGAUAGUGGUCRUGGAGCCUGCAACAGUGUUGCCUCAACUUAAAGGCCCAACAAAUGGUCAGCCUUGUAUCCCUCAGACCAGCUCAGCCUCAGUGGAUGCACAUCAGAGACAGGACAAAACUGCUAAAGGCAUUAAURCCGGCCUGACUUCCUCUAAUCAUACAAAUGUAAUAAAAGGCCACACCUCCACCAAGCAUGGAAAUCGCACAACCAACACUUCAGUUUCAUCACGGCCACACCCACCUACCUUGUACAGACAACCCUCGUUUACUUUUUCAUAUUACGGUCGAGUGGCAACACAACGCUAUCGACUGCGACACACAAGAGCAAUGAGUCCUCGGCCGAUCACCACCUCCCGCAGUCUGAACGAUCUACGGGACGUCCAGCGGCGGCAUAUGCAUCGGCGAGAUUUGCAGCUGUCUGUAAGCAGCCUGUCAUYGGAGAGCUCCAGCAGUGAGGGUGAACCAGAGAAGGGUACCACUGUCAAACUUCUCUGGCUUUCCAUGUUUAAGAUGCCAAAGCAGCUGUGGAGGUUGUGUCUGUGUCACCUCCUCACAUGGUUCUCCAUUAUAGCUGAAGCUGUGUUUUACACCGAUUUCAUGGGCCAAGUCGUUUUCAAUGGAAACCCCAAGGCACCAGCCAAUUCAACAGAGCUCCAGAAUUAUCACAGAGGAGUUCAAAUGGGCUGCUGGGGGCUGGUGGUCUACGCUGCUACAGCUGCCCUCUGCUCUGCCAUUCUUCAGAAAUCUCUGGAUAAUUUUGAUCUGAGUAUCAAGGUCAUCUACGUCGUUGGAACUCUGGGAUUUUCAUUGGGAACUGCUACUAUGGCAAUUUUCCCUAAUGUGUACGUGGCCAUGGUGAUGAUCAGUGGCAUGGGCAUCAUCUCCAUGAGUAUCUCCUACUGCCCCUACGCAUUACUCGGACAGUACCAUGAAAUCAAAGAGUACAUCAACCACAGUCCAGCAAACACUCGAAGAGGUUUUGGUAUUGACUGUGCUAUAUURUCCUGUCAGGGAUAUAUCAGCCAAAUUUUGGUUGCCUCUGUUCUUGGAUCUGUGGUGGAUGCAGUUGACAGCGUGCGUGUCAUUCCGGUCGUGGCCUCCGGGGGCUCCUUCCUCAGCUUCCUCACCGCCUGUUUUCUUGUUAUUUAUCCCGACCCUGAACCUAGCAGCUYGGAGCAGGACUCUGUUGGUCCACCUGGAGAGGAGGAUCAGAUCGGAGAAAAGACCAAUGACCAGAGACUGGCAAUGCUGAACCUCAAAGACAAAUCACAGCAGACAGAGAGUCACUCUGUUGCCUGAGCAUAAAACAAUCACUGGAAGCCUUUGAUCAUAAACCAACAGACGCAUCAUGUGAAAAUUAUACUGAACACACGUGGUGUGCAGAUGGGAUAAUGUGUGCCUUGUGGAGGAGCAAAGACAAGAGAAAAUGUGACAGAUAUAUGUAACAUCGUAUCAACAAAAAUAUGGRAGGGUUAGAUUUCAACUAAAUGAACUGAUGAGCUAAAAAUUAUCAGUUCAAAAGCUGCUUUGUUUCUGCUGUUGCAACCCCAACUCUAAAGCAUACACUGCUAAGCUGGAUCAGUAAGUCAACAAAGCCAGAUGACUGUUUUCUCAAACUGCUGAAAGUAAUGUAGUUCACACUGCUGGAGCCAAAACCAAAUUAAGCACAGAGCACUUUGAUUGACAUCUGAGCUGAACUCUCCCAUUUAUGCUGCAAAUCAGCCACAGUGUGGGACUCCACAGACGCUGCUUCAUUACUGACAAAACGACAAUCACCACAUUACUUUGUGCAACCUAAAUGUUACUGUUCAGUACAUGCCAAAAAACAACAAAAACCACAAGAAAAGCCUUCAGAGUUUAUUUUAGUUAUAUGAAAAAAACAUCAAGUUCAAUUAUGUUGUUCAAACCUUUUUGCCAGAAUAAUGGAUUCUUUGGGGUAAUUUUUUUCUACUAAUUUUGUUCAAUUUUUCCCAAAAAAUGUGAUGAAAACUGAUUUUGGGAGUGUUUUAGUUUUAAUUGUGCUUAUAUUGCGCAGUGACUUUUAUUUAGAACUUUAUCAUCAAAAUGCAUUUGAAUUGACCGAUAAGGUCACAGUGUUAAAAAAAAAGGAAAUAUAAAUCACUGCGAUUGAUUAAAAAAAAAGGGACCGGUUUUGAUAUUUUUUAUAUCUAUACAUUUAAAACAAAAUGGCCUUUUUUUUCUUUCUGCAAUAUGACGUCCCUGUAAGAUUCCAGCUUACCUCCGGAUGAAGAAUACAUGUUUAAGAGUCGAGUGAGGAUUACAGUAAUCAACAUAAAAAAAUAAAUAAAUAAGCUAUCUUUAAUCUGGCAAAAGCUGACAGAUAAAAAUAUAAAACAAGUCCUGCUGAAAUGUCCAUUUGUUCGGUUUGGUUAUUUAUAAAAACAAGUUUCUUGUGUUCAUA